UUCGUAUUAACUAUUUUAAUAAUUUAAAAAUAAAUAAAAAUGAGUGCUCCUUUCUACAGCUACGAUCCCUGUGUUUGCUCUGGAAUGCCAUGUGGUGCAUGUUAUCCGUACACGACAAAGCCCUGUGUUGCAUCGUGUAACGACUUGAGGGUUUGCUCCGUGUGUCCUGGAGGAGGGUGUUCCCCUUGCCCGCCCCCUGUUCGACCGUAUCCAGAGCCUUGUCUGCCGAUACCAGUAUUACCAAACCUACCUCCGUGCCCUCCAUGUGAAAAACCGGUUACUUGCAAACCAGAUCCAGUACUAGUCUACGACACCAUAGCGAUUCCAGCAUGCAGGCCGAACCGUUGCAAGCCCUGCCCGUCGUAUUGUACCGAACCAGCUGUCUGCAAGCCGCAACGUUGCAGCUAUCCAGGAGUCCCUGUCUGUAAGGAUGGCUGCGGACCUAGCAUGCCUAUUUGGUGAUUUUUGUUU